AUGUCUGAACGCAAAGUAAUGAAAACUCCUCUUGUACCAGAUGAGAAAUCAGGAGAUACACAAGAUGAAAUAGAAAAACCUUUAUUUCCCUAUAGAGAAGCCAUAGGAAGUCUAUUAUAUCUUUCAUGUAAAACAAGACCUGAUCUAGCAUUUGCUAUUAAUUAUGAAAGUCGAUUUACUGAAGACCCAAUGAAUAAAGACUAUAAAAAUAUAAAAAGAACAUUGCGGUACCUUCAAGGAACAAAAGAUUACGGCAUAUACUACAAGAAAAAGAAUGAUGGAAAAGAUGUAAUUGAACUGAAAGUUUACUGUGACUCAGACUAUGCAGGAGACCUAAAUGACAGAAAAAGCACCACUGGAUAUAUCAUCCUAUAUAAUGAUGCUCCAAUCAACUAG